AAGACGUACUGCGUCAGUCACAUGAGUUUUAGUCCUAAAUGCACGUUUGUCAGAUGUCAAGGAUUUAUCGCAGAUCUCCUUAGUUUUUAAUUGUUUGCGAGUGAAAACCGAGCCGGAAGUGUUUAGUAUGGGUUUAGAAGCCUGGUACAUGGACGGCUCAGACGAGGACCAGAGGAAGCCCCAUAGACUGAACCCGAAUCAGUCCGUCUCCCUGGACGAAUUGAGGAAGCUCGGAGUUUUCUACUGGAAACUGAAUGCUGAUACCUAUGAAACAGAUCCAGAGUUGGAAAAGAUCCGAAAAGAGCAAGGAUACUCCUACAUGGACAUUAUUACAAUUGAAAGGGACAGACUACCCAACUACGAGGAAAAGCUGAAGAUGUUCUAUGAGGAACAUUUACAUUUGGAUGAUGAGAUCCGCUACAUCCUGGAAGGACAGGCCUACUUUGAUGUCCGGGACAGUGAGGACCGAUGGAUCCGAAUCGCCAUGAAAAAGGGAGACUUGAUCACCCUGCCGGCCGGCAUCUACCACCGCUUCACCCUGGAUGAGACGAACUUCACCAAAGCCAUGCGGCUGUUUGUCGGGGAGCCGGUGUGGAAGGCCUACAACCGGCCGGCAGAUGACUUCGACAUCCGGCAGAAAUAUGUGGCCUCGCUGCAGGGAUCCUGAAAGGCUGCAGAUACUUAAGCUUUUGAUUUUACCUGGGUUUGAGGUGAAGAAGUUUGAAGUUAUUUGACUAAAAGGUAACUUCUUUGCCAGCAACAAAAGACGAGUGCCUUCAUUUGUAACAAAUAAAGCAUUAGUCUAAUUUCUAAUUCCAAGCUCAGGAAAGAAACAAAAUAGUGUUCAUGACAGAUCAAUGUACAUUUUUAAUACGCUAGUAAUAAAUCUGCUACUAUUAA